AUGGUGCCCAAGACGAUCGCGGGGAAGAUCUUUGGUUCUAUCUGUUCUCUGAGCGGGGUGCUGGUAAUCGCCCUGCCUGUUCCCGUCAUCGUGUCCAACUUUAGCCGAAUCUAUCACCAGAACCAGAGAGCUGACAAACGGCGUGCGCAGAAGGUACAGAAAGCCAGACUGGCCCGGAUAAGAAUAGCCCAGACGGGCAGCUCCUGCACGGGCUUCCUCCAGAGCAAACGCAACGACCUCCUCAACGAACUGCUGGAGCUCACGGGAUCAGAGGAAGAGGAACAGCAGCUCAACAAGGGCAUGUCGUUAUUAGAGAGCCAACACCACCACCUAUUGCACUGUCUGGAGAAGACCACUGCCCAUGAGUUUGUGGAUGAGCAGCUGUAUGAGCAGAACUGCCUGGAGACCACGAUCCAGAGCUACACCUCCCGCAGCCCCUCCUCCUCCAGCCAGGACGGGCCCAUAGGCACCUGCUGCACCCGCCGGGGGAAGAUGAACUCCCCACUACCCAACUCCAGCCUGCCCCUCCAGCCCAGCCAUCAGCAGGGCUCACUACAGGAGCUCAGCGCCCUGCACAUCCAGUGUGGGGAUAAGCUGCCCCAUACCACCAGUCGCUCCAGUCUCAACAUGAAGACAGACGAUGUGGGCCUGAUCAACUGCAAGGGCAGUCAGAUCACCACGGCGAUCAUCAGCAUCCCCGCGGCCCCCUCCGACACCACUGACGGGGGCGGUCUCCACGGACCCCCCCAGCGCAGACCCCCCCCACCCCCCACCGGCCCACAGGUCCCCAGCAUCAAUACCACAGCCAGCUCCAAUGUCAUCAAAGUAUCCGCUCUGUGACUGUGUGACGAACCCAAUCAACAGACUGACUGAGCAGGAGGAGAGGUGAAGGGGACUUUCACUUGCACUCUGCGUUGAAGGACCCUGUCGCCUGUUUAGAGGAAGAGAAAUGGGAGGGAACUCCUAUUUUCCAAGGAAUGUACUUGGCCUUUUGAGAAGCCAGGGGAUAGGCUACUGUAUACUGAGAGAAAUGUUGAAACGCAAGUCAGCUGAUGGUAGGCUACUGUGUGCCCAUUUCCCAAAAACGGGCCAGUACGUUUGAAUUGCGGGAAUCGACAGGACAAAGGAAGUCACUGUGUCUUUGUGCACUUCGCACCUACUCUUUAUUUUCUUGAUCUGGCUGCAGCUCAACCCUAAAUGUGUAAAAGAUAUUCUUCUUACACUUACAAGGUUCAAAGGAGGAUGAAGACAACGAUCAAUGUUUUAACUCGAGUUUGGUUGGUCUUCUUUGCGUUUUCUGUUUGUCGUAUCUAGUUUCACCUUGAUUGAUACAGUUUUGGAGUUUUUUCACUUCUCCAGUGGACGAGGUGUGUCGGUUAAUAUGAUUGUGGUGAUUUUUGUUUGUUUGUGUAUGUACGUGUGUGAUGAUACUUUUAUGAAAUGUUAAUAUUUUAGUGGGGUUUUUAAACCUGAUUAGAUUUUCAUCAGUCCACAAUGCCCUUAAAGAGCGACUGCCCAUAAAAAGCCAUUUCUCGUUUUGAAAAUGGCCUAUAGUGGGAUCGAUAUGAGUCAGACAUUUAUUCUACUGUCAAAAUCGAAUACAAAAUGUGAAUAGGAUAAUUUGGGUCAUAAAUUUAGUCUCAUCCAGAUUUGUGAGAUGUCAGGAAAAAAAUGUAUGUUCUGGAAUGAAGGGUACCAUAACAGUUUUCCUUGGGUUUGGUAAUGCCCAUGGUCAGUUUGGUUUGACAUUCGAUAUCCCCAUGGGGCUUGUUAAGGACCACAACAUUCUGAAGGUGAAUAGCUCCAAAUUUCAAUCAAUUUAAAAACCUCAAACCAAUUAUACACUGCUAAAAAAAAUAAAGGGAACACUUAAACAACACAAUGUAACUCCAAGUCAAUCACACUUCUGUGAAAUCAAACUGUCCACUUAGGAAGAAACACUGAUUGACAUUACAUUUCACAUGCUGUUGUGCAAAUGGAAUAGACAACAGGUAGAAAUUAUAGGCAACCCCCAAUAAAGGAGUGGUUCUGCAGGUGAUAACCACAGACCACUUCUCAGUUCCUAUGCUUCCUGGCUGAUGUUUUGGUCAUUUUUUAAUGCUGGCGGUGCUUUCACUCUAGUGGUAGCAUGAGAUGGAGUCUAGAACCCACACAAGUGGCUCAGGUAGUGCAGCUCAUCCAGGAUGGCACAUCAAUGCGAGCUGUGGCAAGAAGGUUUGCUGUGUCUGUCAGCGUAGUGUCCAGAGCAUGGAGGCGCUACCAGGAGACAGGCCAGUACAUCAGGAGACGUGGAGGAGGCCGUAGGAGGGCAACAACCCAGCAGCAGGACCGCUACCUCCGCCUUUGUGCAAGGAGGAGCACUGCCAGAGCCUGCAAAAUGACCUCCAGCAGGCCACAAAUGUGCAUGUGUCUGCUCAAACGGUCAGAAACAGACUCCAUGAGGGUGGUAUGAGGGCCCGACGUCCACAGGUGGGGGUUCUGCUUACAGCCCAACAUCGUGCAGGACGUUUGGCAUUUGCCAGAGAACACCAAGAUUGGCAAAUUCGCCACUGGCGCCCUGUGCUCUUCACAGAUGAAAGCAGGUUCACACUGAUCACAUGUGACAGACGUGACAGUCUAGAGACACUGUGGAGAACGUUCUGCUGCCUGCAACAUCCUCCAGCAUGACCGGUUUGGCGGUGGGUCAGUCAUGGUGUGGGGUGGCAUUUCUUUGGGGGGCCGCACAGCCCUCCAUGUGCUCGCCAGAGGUAGCCUGACUGCCAUUAGGUACCGAGAUGAGAUCCUCAGACCCCUUGUGAGACCAUAUGCUGGUGCGGUUGGCCCUGGGUUCCUCCUAAUGCAAGACAAUGCUAGACCUCAUGUGGCUGGAGUGUGUCAGCAGUUCCUGCAAGAGGAAGGCAUUGAUGCUAUGGACUGGCCUGCCCGUACCCCAGACCUGAAUCCAAUUGAGCACAUCUGGGACAUCAUGUCUCGCUCCAUCCACCAACGCCACGUUGCACCACAGACUGUCCAGGAGUUGGCGGAUGCUUUAGACCAGGUCUGGGAGAUCCCUCAGGAGACCAUCCGCCACCUCAUCAGGAGCAUGCCCAGUCGUUGUAGGGAGGUCAUACAGGCACGUGGAGUCCACACACACUACUGAGCCUCAUUUUGACUUGUCUUAAGGAGAUUACAUCAAAGUUGGAUCAGCCUGUAGUGUGGUUUUCCACUUUAAUUUUGAGUGUGACUCCAAAUCCAGACCUCCAUGGGUUGAUAAAUUUGAUUUCCAUUGAUCAUUUUUUUAUGAUUUUGUUGUCAGCACAUUCAACUAUGUAAAGAAAAAAAGUAUUUAAGAAUAUUUCAUUCAUUCUGAUCUAGGAUGUGUUAUUUUAGUCUUCCCUUUAUUUUUUUGAGCAGUGUAAAUUGUAGAAAUUCAUAUACAAAUAUUGAAAGCAUUUAAUGGGAUAACUAAAAUAUGGGCAACAUGCAAAUAUUGUCCCAUUUAUAUUUUGUAUUUAAUUGACGGUUCCUAACUAUCCCCAGAGAUAGGCUAUCCAAAGUCAAACCAACUUUGCCACAGUCAAACACUAGUCUGCUGAAACUAAUUACCAAGAUAAUUUGUCUAACUCUUUCCCCCUGCAAACAAACACUAGCGACACCCACAACCAACCACAACCUGAAACCAACUGACGUUUGAGUUCAGUCAUGGCCGCUAGCAUUUCUUAAUGAACCAAAUCUAAAACAAGGCCAAAGCAGGAAGUGCAGUCGCCCUUUAAAAUCAAAGGAACAUAAAUUACUACUCAGACAAAUAUUUUAUGGGCUAACUAUUUUUUUGCUAGAAUAUUUUAUCAGACACACUACAGUACCAUUGCUGUUACUCGGUCUCUGUCUCUCCCUUGCUCUCUCACUUUCUCCCAUGCUCUCUAUCUCUGUCUUUCUCUCUCUCCCAGAAUGUCCUAAUUUUAAGACUUUAGAAUAGCAGUUUAGUCGUUGUUUUUUCAGCUCAGUGGAAGACAGUAUAAUCACCAUGGUCUCAUGCAAACAUGGAUGUCAUUAGCUAGGUUUCCAUCUAAUUGGCGACAGAGUUUCAUGCGAAUAUUCAAAAAUCUGCAUCAAGAAAAUAUGCGCAUUUCCCCAUCAGUGGUGUGUUUCUACCAAACAGACUUGUUACGGAUAAAAAUCAGGGCGUGAUGACGUAGUGCACACACAAAGUCAUGUACCGAAUAAAAAUCUGACAUUCAAUGGGUUUCCAUCGCAUUUUGCACUCUACCGAUAGUAUUGUAGGCUAGUUUACAUGAUGAGAUUAUUAUGGAUAAGAGCAAGAAUUUUUUGUUGUCAAACAGCAGUCAAGCAUUGAUCAUCAUGUCACCGGAAUAAGACCCUCGAUAUUUGCUGGAAAGGAGAAUCAAGCUCAUCACCUUGUGAAGUUCAUCAUAAAUCGUAGUGGGAGGACCACACAACAUGACUCCAAGUUUACUUCGAUAUGAUGGCUAUUAUAUAUAUAUAUAUAUAUAUAAGCGUUUCCACUGACAUUUCUCGCAUUGUUAACUUUACCGGCACAAAAAGAUCCCACCUUGUCGAGCAUAUUUUGUUAUGUUGACAUUUAGAAAGUUUACCCAAAAAAUGUUAUCCGACGUGUACUUUACUUGCAGAAAAAGGUUGGAUUGAAACCUGGUUCGUGCCCUACUAGGAUGUGACCAGGCCUCCUCUACAUGUUACAUUAACUGUUGUCAAUGCUGUAGGUGCCUGGCGUUUGGAAUAGCUUGUGACAACUGCAGUACAAUUUUAACAGAUAAACAAGUCUUUUGUUUGGUUCUUUACGUGUAAAAUGAUUAUUCCACGCUGUAGGCAUUUGAGGAAUCGGUAUGUUUUUGUAUUGACUUUUGUGCUCUCAUCCAUGUACUAAACAGAGGUUAGGACAUUCAGUUAUACUAGUCCAUGGUGGUGAGCUUAUGUGUAAUUAUUAAAAAGAGCUAGUUAACUUGUUGCUGACCCUGUCACAGGAAAGAUGAGUUAAAAUCAUAUCAAUACUAUACUAACCCUAUAUACACACAGAGCGUACAAAACAUUAGGAACACCUCCCUAAUAUUGAGUUGCACCCCCUUUUGUCCUCAGAACAGACUCAAUUUGUCAGGAUGUGGACUCUACAAGGUGUCGAAAGCAUUCCACAGGGAUGCAGGCCCAUGUUGACUCCAAUGCUUCUCACAGUUGUGUCAAGUUGGCUGGAUGUCCUUUGGGUAGUGGACCAUUCUUGAUACACAGGGUAAACUUAAGUGUGGAAAAACCCAGCAGCGUUGCAGUUCUUGACACAUUUAAACCGGUGUGCCUGGCACUUACCCUAUUCAAAGGCACUUAAAUCUUUUGUCUUGCCCAUUCACCCUCUGAAUGGCAGACAUACACAAUCCAUGUCUCAAUUGUCUCAAGGGUUAAAAAUCAUUCUUUAACCUGUCUCCUCCCCUUCAUCUAUAUUGAUUGAAGUGACUCCAAGUUUACUUCGAUAUGAUGGUGAAUAUAUCAAUGUUUACGCAUAAACCCGUUCCCACCACCUUUUCUCGCAUUAUUAAUUUUACCAACCCAAAAAGAUCCCACCUUGUCUAGCUUUUUUCGUUUUGUCGACAUUCUGAAAGUUUACCAACAAAUGUUCUGCUUCCAUCAGGCCUGACAUGACAUUUUGUUCUUUACUCGCAUAAAAAGGUUGGAUUGAAACUUGGUUAGUGCCCUACUAUGACGUAGAGGAGGCCUGUUCACAUGUUACAUUGACUGGAUUCACCUGGUCAGUCUAUGUCAUGGUGUUCCUAAUGUUUUGUACACUCAGUGUAUUUGGAGGGGGGAGUCUCAACGAUGCUCAUUUUGUGCCCAUGCAGGUUAAGGCCUUGUCAAAUUAACCAUACCCUUUAAUAAAGAAUGCUGCCUGAAUAUAUAUAUAUAUAUAUAUACUGUAAGCUGACCAGGGUUCAUACUCAAGGGUUCACAUUAUAGUCUAUGGCCUGGAGCAUACAGUGCCUUCAGAAAGUAUUUAUACCCCUUGACUUAUUCCACAUGUUGUUGUGUUACAGCCUGAAUUCAAAAUGAUUUCAAAGUAAAUAAAACAUCUCACCCAUCUACACACAGUCCUCCAUAAUCACAAAAUAAUGUAUUGAAAAUGGAAUAGAAAGAAAAUAGAAAACAGAAAUAUCUCAUUUGCAUAUGCAUAUGCAUAUGCAUUCACACCCCUGAGUCAAUACUUUGUAGAUGCACCUUUGGCAGCGAUACAGCUGUGAGUCUUUCUGGUUAAGAGCUUUCCAAACCUGGAUCAUGCAACAUAUCAUUUGAAGGGAAACACUUUGAAGUUUGUGGAAAUGUGAAAUGAAUGUAGGAGAAUAUAACUCAUUAGAACUGGUUAAAGAUAAUACAAAGAAAAAAACAUGCGUUUUUUAAAUUAAUUUUUUUGUUCCUUCAUCUUUGAAAUGCAAAAUAAAGGUCACAAUGUAUUAUUCCAGUUUAGGCGCAAUUUAGAUUAUGGCAGCAUUGUAUGUGCAUUGUUUUAGACUGAUCCAAAGAACCAUUGCAAAAUGUUGUAUCAAGUCUGCCCAAAUGUGCCUAAUUGGUUUAUUUAUACAUUUUCAAGUUCAUAACUGUGCACUCUCCUCAAACAAUAGCAUGAUAUUUGUUCACUGUAAUAGCUACUGUAAAUCAGGCAGUUCAGUUAGAUUAACAACAAUUUAAGGUUUCUGCCCAUAUCAAAUAUGUCUAUGUCCUGGAAAAUGUUCUUGUUACUUACAACCUCAAGCUAAUCACAUUAGCACACGUUAGACCCCCCUCGUCCCGUCCCCCCGUCCCGUGGGGGGAUCACAAAUCCCGCUUAAGUCAAAACUGUCACUCCGCCACUCAGGAACAUUCACUGUUUUCUUAGUAAGCAAAUCCAGUGUACAUUUGGCCUUGUGUUUGAGGUUAUUGCCCUGCUUAAAGGGGAAUUCAUCUCCCAGUGUCUGGUGGAAAGCAGACUGAACCAGUUUUUCCUCUGGGAUUUUGCCUGUGUUUCUUUUUUAUCCUGAAAAACUCCACAGUCCUUAACAAUAACAAGCAUACCCAUAACAUGAUGCAGCCACCACUAUGCUUGAAAAUAUGGAGAGUGGUUCUCAGUCAUGUUUUGUAUUGGAUUUGCUCCAAACAUUUUUAAUUUAUUUCACCUUUAUUUAACCAGGUAGGCUAGUUGAGAACAAGUUCUCAUUUGCAACUGCGACCUGGCCAAGAUAAAGCAUAGCAGUGUGAACAGACAACACAGAGUUACACAUGGAGUAAACAAUUAACAAGUCAAUAACACAGUAGAAAAAAAGGGGAGUCUAUAUACAAUGUGUGCAAAAGGCAUGAGGAGGUAGGCGAAUAAUUACAAUAUUGCAGAUUAACACUGGAGUGAUAAAUGAUCAGAUGAUCAUGUACAGGUAGAUAUUGGUGUGCAAAAGAGCAGAAAAGUAAAUAAAUAAAAACUGUGGGGAUG